CUCAGUCGGUAGGACCACUCCAGCACAAAGCACUGAGAUAGCGAAAGAGUUUUCCCUCUUUGCCGAUGAACAUUCAAGAUGGCAGGAAUGAGUGGAAGUAGAAGGGCAGCCCGCAAGAAAGCCGAAGACAAGGCUUUCUAUGAGAAGCAGACCAACAAGGAAUCCAGUGCUGACAUCAUCGCUGAUGCCAGGGCGGCCUUGAGAACCGUUCGGACCACGCGACCUUUCACCCCAAGAGAGGACAAGAGGACGUUGUUCAGCGGAAGCACCACCAGGGCGCCAACUGAGCGGCCUCCUUCUGCAUUCAGUUUGGGUUCAAGGCACUUUGAUGGACCUGAUUCUAGACCUCCGUCAGGAUCCAGACUCUCACCUCUGGAUCAUAAACCGUCACCACCACCAUCGCUCAAAAAGAUCUCUAUAGAUGACCACUGUCCAAAACUGCCCAAGCCGCCCACCAUUGACCCAAAACGGGGAGGUUCGGGUCAGAGGAGAGCUCGUCCAAAGCUGCUUAGUGCCCUAAGUCAGGAUGGAAGUGCCAUCCAAGUCCUACCCAAGCCUAUGGAGCGGAAGAACUCCGCCCCCAAGACGACCAGUGCGGGGAAAGAGAGAAGGGUGCAGAGUGGUCCCAAGGAGCGCACCAAGCACCUCCUGGAUGACGGGGAUGUAGACGCAGGAACUGGAGACGAGGGGUUGACACGCCCGUCCCCUGACAGUGGGGUACCCAGGGUGAGGUCGGCAGAUAGCAUCCAGACCAGUAGUACGAGUAGCAGUCGGGCUUCAACCGGUAGCACAGGUAGUACCAGCACAGAGCGAUCAGAAAGUGGCUACUCUAGUGAUAGGCAUUCAGCAAGCAGCAGAUCUGGGAGUGGUGGAAAAAGGGAAGACGAAACACCGGAGGAGGCCCUCUACUGGAACGAGAGAGUCAGUCCCAUCUUGGAGAAAUUAGCAUCAUUAUCUAAAGUCAAACUAGACCAAGAGGGAGUCCUAGGAGCCUGUGGUCUGUGCAAUGAUCUAUACAGCACUCUAGAAGCCCGAGACAUGUUAGGUCGAGGGGCCAAGAGAAGAUCUUCAGCCCUCAAGACAGUCUUCAAACUCCUAGACCAGUCAGAUCCAGGGUUACUCCUCAAGGCAUCCAAAAUAGUACUAGCUCUUGAUGUAACUGGCAGUAAUCUCAAGGCUCUGUGUAGACUUCUCUUCAAACUCAGUCGCGAUGAGAAGAAUGAUUCUCUGUUUCUUGAUAAGAACUUAUUAGAUUUGAUCGUGACAUUAAUUGCAAAGACGGACUACAUAUCAAACUGCGAGGCUCUCGUGUACUGUGUAGGAGGUCUGAAGUGUCUGUCUGCUAACACAGAGCUCAAUAAAGUCCUGUCUGAGAAGGGGCUCAUUGAAGCCUUCGGACGGAUCCUCAAGUCGGUCAAUGCAUCGACUUCAUCAGAGUCCCGGAGCAAGAACGUCUCCAACCUUUUGCUUCAGAUUGUGGGGACCCUUCGUCACCUUGCGGACAGGAGUGAGAACAGACAUGACUUCUUGGCCAACAAAGUCAUCAACCAUCUAUGUGGCAUCAUGGAGCUGUUCACAUCAGAUGGCGAUCUCAUGAUGCAUGUCUCAAGGAUAUUAAGUAAACUGACCCUGAACAACGACUGUACAGCUGUUCUAGCUGAGCACCCUACAGCCUUCCAGUCACUUCUAGCCCUUAUCAACAAGCACCCUGACAGAAAUGAUCUUGUGGUCAGGGUGGGCUUUGUCCUGGGUAACCUGACUGCGAGGAACGAUGACUGCCGCUACUGCCUCUUCAACACAGAGGGUGCCAUGGAGGUGCUGCAGGGUUCCAUCAGGAGAUACUUGGCUAAGGAUCUUAGGGAGAGUAUGAAAGAGUCUGGUGAUGCGAAGCAGGACAACACAACAGAAGAUGUUCUUAUCAAGCUGAUCCGUGUCGUGGCUAACCUCUCCAUCAAUCCAGACAUUGGACCUCUUAUAGCAGCCAAUGAGACGUGUGUGGAUCUUCUCAUGCAGGUUCUAGAAUCCAAAGACAUAAGUCAGAAUGAGGAGUUGGUCCUGAACGCAUUGAUCACCAUCAACAAUCUAUCAUUCUAUGACAUCAUCAAUAGUGCCAUAGUAGAGAGACAGAUUCAGAUAGCAAGAUUAUUACUGAAGCAGUUAGUAACUGAUCAUCAUGAAGGGAUGAUAGAAGCAUCUAGGGUCUUUGGAAAUCUCUCCAGGUCUAUUGAUAUACGCAACUUUUUGACUGCCAAAAAGGUUGAUGAGAUGAUGGUGACCCUACUAGACUCCGGUAACAGAGAGUUUGUCUAUACAUCGUGCGGUGUACUCAUCAACCUAAUGGCUGAUGUGGAUAGGAGGCCAAUGCUCAAGAGAGAGGGUGGUGUCAGCAAAUUGAUAGAUGUUUUACGAGACUUUGGGCGCAGUGACUGGCAGCUGGCUGGGAUGGUGUGUAUGACCCUGUGGAACUACAGUGAGAACAUCCUCAACUCCAAUGAGACGUUCGGAGAACAGGAGACGGGGGAAUUCACAGAACUUCUUGUGGAUUACCUUGAUGAAGAAGUGGCCCUCGAGGUUCCUGAGGAUGCAGACUGGGACGCGGAGACCCAGCAGCUGAUGAAGUCCUACUGGAAGACCGAGUUCUGUCCCGUCGCUUCACAGCUCCUGGACCGGAUAGAACACCACCAUUCAGACCUGAUACCCAUAGACUCGCCCUCCAACGUCGCAAUGUCUUCAUCAUGAGAACUGCUGGCAUCGUCUAGGGGUAUUGUUGGGAUCGCUAAAAAUGUUCAGGUUUCUUAACUCUUUACUAGCUUUCGUCGACCAAUAGAACAUAUCGGACUGCCACGGUUGACCUUUGUCACACAUACAGUGUACAUGUAUAUGCAUCUUAUAAUCAAAACAGUGUGACAGUCUGGGGUUUCUAUCCAAAGUGAAUGAAGAGUUAAAAGAUCACCUUGAAGACCAGAAAGUUUCUUGAAUGGUUUGUUUAAAGGAAAGGUAGGGGGAACUUGCUCAAGAUAGAAGACAGGAGCUAUCUUUGAACAGAAGACAUGGAGUAAACCAAAACUGGAAGACUUCACAAGAAUUUUUCCUGAUAGAUUGAAAGUUUGGGAAAUGCCUUUCUGAUAGAGGGAGCGCUAUGCCUGGACAGACUCUAGGUGCAUGUGUCACUGUAAGGUACUGGAUCGGAGCCCGGAAGCGUUGUAAGAAGUUGCUGAUUGUUAAAACCCACUAACGGCAGUGAAUGAGUGUCAGUAAUCAGCCAACUAGCCACCUAUUGCAUGAGCAGAGGACCAAUGCGCACUACACAAUCUUACUACGAUCCGAUUUUAGAUGAAUUUGCUGUAGCAUUUGAUACCAUCAUUCAACAUAAAAUCAUAGCUAAAUCGGCUCAAGAGACCGGUAGUGUAUUGUGUAUGAUUUAAAGCUGAUUUGGCUGUUAUUCCUAAUAGAAGGGUUCAAUGCACUAAAAUUCUUUUCUUAGUACGGGGCCUUUCAUUAUUUAGAAGCUAAAUCAGGAAGAUGAUGUUUGUUUAGUUUUCCUUGCUAAAUUAAAUUACCAUUCUUUGAAAAUUGGAUUGUAGGAGGAUCAUGUAGUGUGCGGUUGGCUUUACACUCGCAAACAUUUACUGUGGGGGAAAUUGGCAAUGGCAUAUACACGUAGGCCACACUUGAUUGCAGUUCCUCAUUAUUCCUUUGUAUCUCAUCAUUCUUAACAAUUUUUGGGUAAACUGAGUGAUGCAAUUAGGAAAAAGCUCACUUUUUUCUUUUGGAUUGACUUGCACAUUUGGUGGAACACGAAGCACAGUUGCAAAUUUUGAUAUCAAGUAUACAUACGUGUCGAAUUGUGAAACGGCAUGGCACAUGUUGGUGACAACAUUUUCACACAGUCUGUAUGGAUGACAUAAGGCCUGAUUAUUUUGCACUGCAUGUUCAUAAUGUAUUUGCUUUUUAAAGAAUUUGAUUGAUUGAAGUGGUAUUUAUUGUAGUCUUUAUGUAUUUCAAAUGCAAGAAGCAAACGAACAUGGCAUUUUAUAACACCUGCUUCCUUAUGAGUUGUUAUUUUGCAGUAUUAAGACAGUUUGGUGUCUAUCAUGGAUAAAAAGCUGAUUAUUUUUGCUGCACAAAAGUGAAAUGCCCUACCAUAUUUCCACAGGUAUUCUUUUUAUUAAUAAUGUAAGAUUUUGUUAAUUUUCUGUGUCUUUUUUCGACUCGUCUGCAGAUAAUAAUAAUAUCAAUAAAAAUAUAUAUGUUAUUUUGGAUUGCUAAAUAAUCCAGUCUUGAUAUGGUGGACCCAUGUUUUAUUACUUAUGUUAAUCUCAUAUCUUCCAACCAUUAUGAAAGAAGAGAGGGGGAUUCAAUAUGUCUCCACACAACCUGAAUAAAGAUAUGCAGGUACGAUUCAAAUGCCUUGUCUUAGCUGAAAAUCAGUAUGCAGUAGACAAGUGUGGAAAAUCAUACUCUUUUCCCCCGUAGAUUAUGGUUUCCUCCUUCACUUCAUUGGUUUCAUAACACAAUGUUACAGAUAUAUUGCACCUUCCAAAUUACAUAAUUCUGAGACGAUUAAAAUGUGAAGUGAGAGGUUCUUUUUGGAGGUGAAAAGCGAACUGAGUCACUGUAACCCUUGGGUCUGUCUUUAUGGUAGAAGAGUUUUGGGGUGUGCAGGUGGAUCACAACACCAAGGUAUCCCCCUACUCUUAUACCAAUAGUGCACUGGGUUCUUAACGUGCAAAGGCGGUGACUCUCCUCUAACCGGGGCCUCCAUUUAACAUCCUAUCCAAGGGACAGUGUUUUUCCACUGUAACACAGCCUGCAUCUAUGAAAUGGGAGAGGUAAAUAGCAAAAUCGGUUUCUUCGAAAUUGUAACAAAAGUUGUGAUUACUUGGGUAAACUGUGCUUACUCUUCUUUUAAAGAUUGCCCCUUUCCAAGUGUGAUUUUAACACAAUGAAUGAUGACAUGAGUGAAUAAUGAAAAAAUAUUUGAAGUUCCUUCAUAGAAAAUUUGGUUAAUUUUCUUCAUCAUUAUUGCACAUGAUAGAAUGCAGUAUAUUUCAGAUGUAUAUAUCAUUGGUUGUGACUUUAAGCACUAAGGCUAAGUAACUUGCAAGUUUAUGCAUUGUAUAUAUGAAAUAGACUGCCCAUUAUCAAGAUUUGUGAAUAUAAAUAUUAUAACCGUGUGCAAUGGCUUAACCAGUGUAAGCAUUCUGGGGUUUGAGCUAACAUUUAUACAACCGGUAGGUAGAAAUGAAAAGAUUUUCAUGCAAGCGUAUUUACUGUACAGGUUUCUAGAAAAAAAAUCAGAAAGCUUAGUAUUUUUCGAACUACAUAUUUGUAUUCUGUUUGAAUGACUUCAGCUUAUUUUUGUCUCUAUUUAUUGUAAUGCUAUCAGCAAGGCCCUUACUAUAAGAACAUGUUCAAAUAGUGGAUACUACAUUUGAACGCCUAUGAAGCAGUUUGUAACUUUUACAAAUGAAAUUAUUCAUGUUAAAGUUUGAAUAAGCACUGUCGUUAUGUGUUUAGUUGCAUCAAGAGAUUUUUAAUGGUAAAUAAUGUGUGUGUGAGUUUGUUUUGCCAAUAUUUAUUAUUAUUCAUCUGAAAUCUGAAGAACCUAACAAAGCUUUUUCUUCAGAAAUACUGUCUUGUAAGUUGUAACACAUUAACAUAAAGUCUGCACAUAUCAUUAUUUUUCAAAAAAGGAAAAGAAAGAAACGCUUUGCCCAAAACUUAACUAAUUAAUUAAUCAUUGAAUACUUUCUUUCUCCUUUAUCUGUCUGUUCUUGGCGGAGGCAUUUCUGUAUUUUCUGUUUAUCAUUACACCUGUUCUCUACUACAAGUGUCUUGUUAUCUAGAUAUCUUAAAGUCCACUGUCCUACUUGUAGCUACUUGCUCCCUCCAUAGAAGAAGACAAUGGACGAUAACUGAAUAUGCAUGUAUAAUUAUGUAGAGAUAUAUUGGAGAAUCAGUUGAUUUCAACUCUUGUAGUCUCUCUUUUAUAUGCCAAUAUUCAACAAUAGAACAUUGUCAAUAUGAGAGGGGAUUAGGGUAUGUAUCAAAUGGGUAGAGAUUAGUGGGGAUUAGAUAGAUAAUCGCUCUUGAUCCUUCAUUCAAUAGAGACAUGAUACAGGAAGGAACUGAUUAGUUAGGCUCAGCUUUUCAGACAGUGAUUUGAAUGUCAAUGACCUCUUGUGUUUAAUACAAAAUUACACUACAUGACAUGGUAGUGCUUGAACCUUGAGUAGUUUUACAAGUGUUAAUUGCUGUUGUACCAGGAGGUACGGUACUUGACUUGUAUCAUUUUACACAGGGUUAACGCCCCUCUAUCUGACUUCAACCAGAUGAUAAUGUUAUAGGUAAUGUAUAUGUACAGAUAAUAUUAAAUGUUUGUAAAUGCAGCUUUAUAGUACUCAAAGAAUUUUCAAAGGUUGCAAGUAAUCCAGGUUUACAGCAGCUUGCAAAUUGAACUUCACAGCACUAGAUUUAUUACAAUUUUCACAUUAUAUAGCCUUUGAGUACUGAACAUUGUAACAUCACUAAAAUAAAUAGAAAAUGUAUCUAUAUUAUCAUGUUUUGUGUGUGAGCUUGCCCACUUGUAUAAUAGGGAAUGCAUUGUGUCGCUUCUAAUAUGUAAAUAUUCUUGAAUUUGUCAAUCUCUUGUGAAAUAAAUACCGUCCAAAGUGAGGGGUAGAAAAGGAA